AUGGCAGGCGCUGGCCAGCGCAAAGGCAAGAAGGAUGACAAUGGCAUUGGCACGGCCAUUGACUUUGUGCUCUCCAAUGCCCGGCUGGUGCUGGGGGUGGGCGGAGCAGCCAUGCUGGGCAUCGCUACGCUGGCUGUGAAACGGAUGUACGACCGGGCCAUCAGUGCCCCGACCAGCCCCACCCGCCUGGGCCACUCGGGGAAGAGGAGCUGGGAGGAACCAAACUGGAUGGGCUCCCCCCGGCUGCUGAACAAGGACAUGAAGACGGGCCUGAGCCGGUCCCUGCAGACCCUCCCCACGGACUCCUCGGCCUUUGACACAGAUACAUUCUGCCCGCCCCAGCCCAAGCCACUGGCCAGGAAGGGCCAGGUGGACUUGAAGAAGUCACGACUCCGCAUGUCCCUGCAGGAGAAACUCCUUUCUUACUACCGGACCCGGGCUGCCAUCCCUGCCGGUGAGCAGGCUCGGGCCAAGCAGGCUGCGGUGGACAUAUGUGCUGAGCUCCGGGGCUUCCUGCGGGCCAAGCUGCCUGACAUGCCGCUCCGGGACAUGUACCUGAGCGGCAGCCUCUAUGACGACCUGCAGGUGGUGACAGCGGACCACAUCCAACUCAUUGUGCCCCUUGUCCUGGAGCAGAACCUGUGGUCGUGCAUUCCCGGAGAGGACACCAUCAUGAAUGUCCCCGGCUUCUUCCUGGUUCGUCGUGAGAACCCCGAGUACUUUCCUCGCGGCAGUAGUUACUGGGACCGCUGUGUGGUAGGGGGCUACCUCUCCCCAAAGACGGUGGCGGACACAUUUGAGAAGGUGGUGGCCGGCUCCAUCAACUGGCCGGCCAUAGGGUCUCUCUUGGACUAUGUGAUCCGCCCGGCGCCCCCCCCAGAGGCCUUGACUCUGGAAGUGCAGUAUGAGCGUGACAAACAUCUUGUCAUCGACUUCUUGCCAUCAGUGACUCUCGGUGACACGGUCUUGGUGGCCAGGCCACACCGGCUAGCCCAGUAUGACAACCUGUGGCGGCUGAGCUUGCGUCCUGCUGAGACGGCGCGCCUGCGGGCUUUGGACCAGGCCGACUCGGGCUGCCGAUCUCUGUGCCUCAAGAUCCUCAAGGCCAUAUGCAAGUCCACGCCAGCUCUGGGCCACCUCACUGCCAGCCAGCUCACCAACGUCAUCCUCCACUUGGCCCGGGACGAGGCUGACUGGUCUCCAGAUGUGCUGGCCGACCGGUUCCUGCAGGCCUUGAGGGGACUCAUCAGGUACCUAGAGGCCGGAGUCCUGCCCAGUGCCCUAAACCCCAAGGUGAACUUGUUUGCUGAGCUCACCCCGGAAGAGAUAGACGAGUUGGGGUACACUCUCUAUUGCUCGCUGUCUGAGCCGGAGGUGCUGCUGCAGACGUAG